AAUUCCUCUCCUCUCCUUGCAAGUCGCGCAAUAAUACCGUUCAUUCGAUAGUUUCACCGUCCCUCCAUCUCCGGCGGCUUCGCUUCUUCCCUCCCGCUCUCCCCCUUUUAAAUCAAACCCUCCUCCCCACGGUCUCUUCUCUAUAAACCCUAGUCGAAGCCAGGGAGCGCGCACUCCACUCCCCAACCCGAUCCCCCAAGAUCGCGUCCGCCGCAGUCGCCGCCUGAUAUGGCUACCCCGCCGCCACCGCCCAUGCCGCCGAUGCGCGUCUCCUGCGGCUCCCUUCUACAGGAACUGCAGGGACUAUGGGGAGAAAUCGGUCAGGAUGAAAUGGAAAGAGAUCGGAUGAUACUGGAACUAGAGGAGGAUUGUCGCAAUGUUUACAGGCAAAAAGUGAAUCAGACUAGGAAGCAGAAGGCAGACCUGCUUCAAGAGCUGUCCUUUGGCAAAGCUGAUAUUGAUAAGAUCCUUUCUGCUCUUGGAGAGAGAGAAACCUUUCCCAGGUCAGAGAAGCUUGGGGGCACGUUAAUGGAACAGCUUGCUAAGAUAGAGCCAGUUCUAGAAGAUUUGAGGCGCAGAAGGGAUGAUAGAGUAAAUGAGUUCAGGGCUAUUCAGUUGCAGAUAGUUCGAUUGCAAGCAGAAAUUUCAGGAGUCAUUGAUCAUGGGGAUCCCGCUGCUCCUAUGGUAGAUGAGAAUGAUCUAUCCUUGAAGAGAUUAGGGGAAUUGAAGGAACAACUUAAUGAUCUUCAGAAAGAAAAGGAAUGCAGGCUGCAAAAAAUUGACAUCCAGACUAACAGUAUUCAGGAAAUGUGCAGUAUAAUGUCUAUUGAUCUCAAAGUGGCUCUAAAGGAUGUUCAUCCCAGUUAUGCUGAGCUGGGAAGAAGCAAACCCAUGAGUAUUAGCAACAGCUCACUUGAUAGACUAUCGGAAAAAGUGCAUGCGUUAAAUCAUGAAAAGAAACAAAGGCUUCGGAAGCUCCAAGAUCUUGGCAGCACACUCAUUGAGUUAUGGAACCUCAUGGACACACCAAUUGAUGAACAAAGAAGUUUUGACCAUGUGACUUCUCUUAUUAAAGUCUCACCAAAUACAGUGAUGCCCCCAGGAUGCCUUGCACAUGAGCUUAUUGAGAAGGCAGAGAAUGAGGUUAAGAGACUGACUCAUUUGAAAGCCAGCAAAAUGAAAGAGCUAGUCUUCAAGAAAAUGACUGAUCUUGAGGAAAUCUAUAGAAGUGUUCACAUGGAUAUUAAUGGUGACUCAGAGCGGCGAGCCCUCAGUGAUCUCAUUGAUUCUGGUAGAGCAGAUCUUUCAGAGUUGCUGACAAGAAUGGAUAUUCAAAUUGCGGAGGCAAAAGAACAUGCAUUAAGUAGAAAGGAUAUUCUAGAAAAGGUGGAGAAGUGGACAUCAGCAUCUGAAGAGGAGACUUGGCUUGAUGAAUAUGAGAGGGAUCAAAACCGCUAUAAUGCUGGCCGAGGAGCUCACAUAAAUCUCAAGCGUGCGGAGAAAGCUAGGACAUUGGUCAGCAAACUUCCAUCUCUUGUGGAGAACUUGACUGCUAAAAUUAUAGCUUGGGAAAAGGAGAAGGGUAUGCCAUUUAUGUUUAACAAGGUGAGGCUGUUGCACUGUUUAGAAGAAUACACCUGUACAAGACAGCAAAAAGAAGAGGAAAAGCGUCGCUCAAGGGAAUUGAAGAAACUGCAAGAACAGUCUGGUACAGAGCAAGGUGCCAAGUUUGUAACGAAACCAAGCCCUAUCCGUCCUCUUUCUGCAAGGAAGCCUCUUGGGAGCUCUAAUGUCAAUAAUAUUGGUGGAACUCUGACCGGCCGCCGUAUUUCUACCCCUAUGUCACGGAAGGGUAGGCCAUCUUCUGGAAGGGUGCAGGAAGCUGGCAAGACUGCCGUGACACCAGCAAACUAUGUUGCCCUUCCCAAGGACCAGCAAACUAUGUAAUCACCACCUAUAAGUUCAACCUAGUCUGACCAUCGCUUGCCUUCUCACUUGAUCGGCCUAUAUAGUCUUGACUCCAGUGUCUAUGCGUGUUUUCAGACUUGAGAGUUGCUAUCCUGAAUAGUAUAAUUUUCUCUUUUGAAUAGCUGUAAAAUUUUACGGCUUGUUUCUUUCCCAUCAUGAAGGUGGCUCAUAUGUAAUCAAGUGCCAGCUUUAGGUAGACUUGGUAGAGAAGAGCCUGGCUCAGCUCAGAUAAUGAUAUAAAUUGAUUUGGUUACCUACAUUGAGAAUGUGGUAGCAUUACGACGAACACCAA